AUGGUGAAGCUAGACUACGACCGAGACUACUAUGCAGAUCUCGAACUGCCACCCACGGCAGAUGCAGCUGAAGUCAAAAAACAGUUCAAGAAACUAGCGCUCAAAUGGCACCCCGACCGCAAUCCGGGCAAGGAAGAUGAAGCCAAGGAGAAAUUCCUGGUUAUCCAAGCCGCCCACGAGAUCCUGACGGAUCCAGUCACCAAAUCCAAGCUCGAUGCCUACCGCCAGCGAACGUCGAGGUACCCAGGAGCUUCUGGUGUCAAGGGUAACCCUUGGCAAUACACGGCAUAUGAGGUGAACCAGAAGUUCGGCGCUCCCCCGAGACGGCCCCAGAUGCCAACCCGCCCGCCUGCGCCGACAGCUGCUUCAACGGCACAUUGGGGCUGGGCAAAAGAGAAAGCGAAGACGGGAAAUACAAAGGCGAAUAUGGACGCAUGGGAUCGAGCACGGCCGCAACCCAAGCCGUCUCAGCCGAGCGGUGCGGCUUAUGGGCCCGGUGCGAGUCCUUCUAAGCACAGGGAGCCACCAACCCCGCGGACUGCAUCGCAGGCCCGGCGACAGGAAGCAGCGUUCGGGACCAAGAAGGCCGGGUAUGCCCCGGCGUCGCCCAUGGGUGAUGAGCCGCCAGUGAGGAACCAACACUACAAUACGACUGCUCACACCACAGAACCGAGUAAGCCCACGCCGGCCUCUGCUUUCGUCGACCCAUUGAGCGAACAGUUCAGCGAGACUUUCCUGGACCCCCGUCAGCGGACGCCCUAUGCCGCUAAUGUCGGCGAAAAGACGAACCCGUUUGAACCGCUCAAUGUCAACCGGUCUAAGAGCACGCGAGACGGCGCCAAGAGGUUUCAGGAUGGCACUGGAGACGCGCCCACCCCGCCGUCUCGUCAACGGAGCGCUAGUACCGGCUCCGAGAACCUCAAGAAGUCGACGAACGAAAACCCAGUGUUCAACAAUUCCAGCACGAAGCCAAACUUUCAAUCACGGGCAAGCGCACGGUACAGCCCUCGCGGACCUGACACAAGCUCAGCACCACCCACAGCGACCUUCCCCGGCCAGAGUUCGGCCUCAACGAUGAAUAGCAGUGCGAAUGACACAACAGCAACGGUGAACAGAGAUGCUGCGGAACAAGGAACGAACGGCGCCAAAGUGUACGAGUCUCCGUUUCCCAAUCCUUAUCAUAGUUGCUGUUAUAGCCACACACCGCACACGAGUGGUCGUGCCGGUGUGGGCUCGACUCAUACAAGGAAGUUCGCCUUCCCCGCCUACAACUCUCAAGAGAACGCCAGUCCGGCUCCCAGUGGAGGCAGACCAAGUCCUGGCGCCAAUUCUUUCGAGACAAAAUUGCAAGCGCAGUUGCAGCACCUCUUGGGCGGAGCACGAGCGCAGACCUACGAGCGGUCUGUGCCGUCGCCCUCCAGCAACAAUCUGCCGCCGAGAAAGACAGGAAGCUGGACCAGCAAAUACACUAACAACCCUUACACUAACAGCUUCUCGGUCCCCGACGACGAGGCGAACUUGCCGGCUCAUCAUGCCCGCUUCACCCGAAACAGUGCCGAUAAUAUCAACACUCGGUUCGUCGCGGAGGAGAGGGGCGGUGCUAACUUCCAGUUCAGUGCGGGGCCAGCAGGCUCGGCAGACGAUGACUUUCUCAGGGCGAAGCAGCGCGCGCGCGGACACGCAUCGCCCCUUAGGAACGAGUUUAUCGCGUCGGCCGAGCCGGUCAACGGUACUCAACAGGCCGAAGCCGGCAAGAAACAGGGAGAUUUCGUCGCCGAAGAGUGGAAGGAGGCCUUUGGGCCGCACAUUUUCGAGCCACCACAGCCGGGCAAACCAUCAACUUCACCCACACGGCCCAUCCGACCGAUUAAGAAGCCGCGGCCGGUCCGGAUCACUGCAGGGACAGCAGGUAUGGUGGACGAUGAUGAGACCAGCGGAGAGGACAAAGCCAAACUGAGGACGCCAGCGAGCGGCAUCCACGGUUCUAGGAGCCCGAACGCCAUGGACAUCGAUACUCCGCCGCCUGAGCCCGCCGCUGGGGCCGGGCAAGCCAACGGGGUCCGCAACAUCCCCGUCGAGCCCACCAACCCCGAGUGGCGCGCUGGCAAUGCCGAUACCAACGGCAACAACGUCGAACCUAAGCUAGGCGCCGGCUUGAAGAUUCCCACCCUCAACCCCAACGCAGCGGGCUCCGAAGACACAGAAGACUUCAUACGUCCCAUCUUCCCUGAAUUCCACAACGUCGAGCCAUUCGCCCAAAGGGCCUCAGGCCUAAAUUCGUUUGCCGACCUCAGCACCAACCUGCCCUUCCCGAGCCGUCCGUCGGUCAAGAUUCCCCUCUCAAUGGAGCACGAGAUUGCACCCAAGCAGCUCAACAUCCCGACCCCGCCGACGGCGCCCCGCGCUCCGGCGAGCCUGUGCAUACCGGGUCCCAAAGCGGCGUCCUCGCAGGCGUGGGUGGGGUAUGUGCGCGAGUUCGAGGCUUAUCUGCGUGCGUGGCUCGAAUUUAAUCGCAAGGUGACGGACCACUUUGCCGCGAGGCAAAAGUUGAAUGAGAAGAGUGAGAUUGGGGUGUGGUUGAAUGCCGCGGGGGAUGGUGGGGUGCAGGAGUAUCUACGAGCGCUGGAGGAGGAUCGGAUUGUCAGGCAAAGGUGGAUGGCGGCUUGUGAUGCGCAUGAGUUGCAUUUUAGGGAGUUUAUGGGGGUUAGGGAGAAGGUUUUGGGGCGUUAG